CGCGCUUAUGAUAACCUCAAUUACUUCAAUCAAUUUUAGAUUUUGUUGAUCUUUGUUAUUACUUAAAAAGUUAAAAUAUGGAUACAAGUGACACUGAUAAUUUAGAAAAUAUUCUAAACGAUGAUGUUGAAGAAGAUGAAAUUGAGUUGACUCCCGGAGAAGUUAUAGAGUUAAUGGAAGAAGCUUGGAUGAAUGAAAAAUUUGCACCUGAAAUUUUGCCAAAUAAGUUCGAAAUUGUGGAGUGUUUAUUAGGUCAAAUUACUUACAUGGAAGAAAAUUUAAGCAAUUUGGAGAGCACAGAUUUCAAGAAGAGUAUACACCAACUUGAAGUAGAUCGAUUAAGGUUUUUAGUUAGCAGUUACUUAAGAACUAGGUUGGAGAAGAUUGAACUUUAUUGUAAUCAUAUAAUGAAGCAGGAAACUGAAAGAAUGAACAAGGGUAUUGAAACAUAUCUAACUGAAAAUGAACUGAAAUUUUUAAAAGAGUAUAUUCAAGCAACUGAUCAACAUUUUGAAAGUGUCACCAAUUUUACUGUAGUAACAGAAGACUGGAAGAAUCAACCAGUUAUUCCGAACAUUCACAGUUUUGUAUUUCUUAAGUCUAAAGAAAAUGUCACUGGUGUAAUAAUUGAUGAUGGAAAUGAUGGAGAACAGAAUGAUGUAGCUGAUUUAGAAAAGGGCUCACAGUUAAUUAUAUCAUAUAAUAGUGUUUCAAAUUUAAUUAAAAAGGGUGAUGUUCAUUUAUUAUAAUAAAUCUUUUGUUUGUAAGUCUCAAGCUAAAUUUUUCAAUUGUAACAUAGUAUAGAGAAAUAGUACACAUUAUUAUCUUAAGAUUAAUUACGAAAUCUACAUCUCUAAUUAAAUGCAUUGUAUUCUUUCUCUCA